AUGAGGAACCUGAAAACAAUUGCGUACGAUGAGACCCGAUUGAAAGAAAACUUGCCAUUGACAGCCACAGCCUGGGAUGCUGGAACCGACACCAUUAUCUGUGCCUUUGGGCCCACCCCAACACAGCCAGUCAUUGAACUCAAACGGAGGCAUCCUACCUCAUCCUCUGAAAAAGACUUCAUGAACAUAACUUCUUGGGAUGCUCCGUGUCCUCUACCGGAUCUGGAAUGCGAUGAGAUUUUACUUUUACAACACUUCAGCGAUAUAGCGACAUCAUGCCUUGUCCUGGCUGGCGGCGAUGUCAUUGUUGUCCGGGAAGACCCCUCUCCGGAGCAAGAAAAGAUCGAAAUCGUCGGGAGUGUUGAUGUUGGCAUUUCUGCCGCCUCAUGGGCUCCGGAUGAGGAGCUCCUAGCCAUUGUCACACGAGCAGAUACGCUAGUGUUGAUGAGCAGGAACUUUGAGCCGCUUAAUGAAGCCACACUCAGGCCGGAGGACUUGAAGGUUUCCAAACAUGUCUCGGUCGGCUGGGGCAAAAAGGAGACUCAGUUCCAAGGCAAAAGAGCCAAAGCAAUGCGUGACCCUACGAUGCCCGAGACUGUCGACGAGGGAAAACCAAGCCCGUGCGAAAAUGGCAAGGCGACUGUCAGCUGGCGCGGUGACGGUCAGUAUCUCGCCAUCAACAGCGUCGUCCCGGACCAUCGCCGAGUCAUCAGAGUCUUCUCGCGCGAAGCUGUACUGGACAGUGCUAGUGAGCCGGUGGAUGGUAUGGAGAGUGCGUUGAGCUGGAGACCAUUCGGUAAUCUGAUUGCUGCGAUCAAACGGUCAGAUGCCAAAAUCGAGGUCAUCUUCUUCGAAAGGAAUGGCCUUCGUCACGGCCAGUUCGAACUCCGCUUGACUAAAGAAGAGAUGGACUCUUGGGCGUCCGAAAUAUCUCUGUCAUGGAACAACGAUUCGAGUGUCCUGGCAGUCUCGUUCAAGGAUAGGGUACAGUUCUGGACCAUGGGCAACUACCACUACUACCUUAAGCAAGAAGUCCAGCUUCAUUCUCACCAGAGCAAAGCAGCCCUUAGGUGGCAUCCAGAGACGCCACUUAGGUCCUGCUUCGGAGCGUCGGAGUAUCUUCUCGACCUGUCAUUCCUUUCCGCCGUGACACGAGGGAGCACUGUUCCGCCAUCGGACCACGGAAUCGUCAGUGUUAUUGAUGGCAAGACAUUGAAGCUUACACCUUCCAAGCAGUCAGGCGUUCCUCCACCGAUGUCAUUCUGUGAUGUGCCGUUUGGGUUCAACAUUGUUGAUUCGGCCGUUAGUCGGAAUGGACAGAAAAUCGCUGUUCUGACAACAGACACGCUUGAACUGUGCCAGUGGGUGACUCGAUCGACCCCCAAAGGCGAGCUCCGGUUCACGGCCAAUGUCCAGGCCCAUUCAAUCCCCCUUCCACGUGGUGGCGAAGACUCUCAGAAACCUCUGCGGCAUACUCAAGUGGUUCUCAAGGACGAAGACGAAGUAUAUAUUCUGGCGCCCAGGCAAGCCACUCAGCCAGCUACAUGUCAUAAGCUCGUCUGGCACGAUGAUUUGACGACUGCUCAAUUUGAGGAGGUUUCGGUGCCUUCCGAAUCUCAGAACCUCCUCCUCGACGUAUCUUUCGAAUGUGUCUUCUGUACCGAUCCCAGUCAAGAUGCCACAUCGUUACUAGCGGAUGGAAACUCAGUCGAACAAACUCGUCUGAGAGGAAGUCAACCGAACAGCUGUCUCUUCUCGCUUCCUGUCAAUGCAUCCAACGGAGGACUGAAUGGACAUGGGAAUCGUGGCGGCCAACAAUACCACAAAGUGUCACUGACACCCAAGGGGAACUUACUCGUGGACGACAUCAUCCUCGCGCGCGAAUGCACCUCUUUCAUCCUCACGUCAGCGCACCUCAUUUUCACGACUUCGCAGCACCUCCUGAAGUUUGUCCACCUGGCCAAGCCGGCGGACAUGCAGGUGCCCAAGGACACGCCCGAAGUGGAUGAGAGAUGCCGCAACGUCGAGCGCGGGGCCAAAAUCGUCACCGUCAUCCCGUCCGUGUACGCGCUCAUCCUCCAGAUGCCGCGUGGCAAUCUCGAAACCAUAUACCCGCGAUUACUCGUCUUGACAGGGAUCCGGCAUCACCUCAAGCAGCAGGACUACCUGGCUGCAUUCCUAGCAUGUCAGACGCACCAAGUCGACAUGAACAUCCUGCACGAUUACGACCCCGAGACGUUCCUGGCCAACGUGCCCAAGUUCAUCGAUCAGUUGAAGAAGGCAAGCCGCGUGGACGAAUUUUUGUCCAAAUUGAAAGACGAGGACGUGACUCAAACAUUGUACCGGGACACUCUUACUCUUCAACCCCAGUCGCAAGCUCAACCUCAACUUCAAUCUGGGACAGGUCCAAGUCCUCCCAACCAGCCCACUUCAACCAACAAAGUCAACAAGAUAGCCGAUGCGUUCAUCUCAGCACUAACAUCCCAGCCAUCGCCACUAUCGACCGAACAUCUCCAGAACAUCAUUACGGCACACGUCACCAAACGGCCACCGGACCUAAACUCGGCAUUGACACUUGUCUCGUCUCUACGACAGACAUCUGAAGAAGAAGCCGACCUGGCAGUCGCACACCUAUGCUUCCUGACGGACGCGAACCGACUAUUCGACGCAGCAUUGGCCCUAUACGACCUGGACCUGACACUCCUAGUGGCGCAAAACGCACAGCGCGAUCCGCGCGAGUACAUGCCAUUCCUGCAAUCUUUGCAAGAUCUGCCCGUUCUACGGCGCCGUUUCCAGAUCGACAACCACCUGAAACGAUACAGCAAAGCCCUAGUCUCCCUUCACGCACUGGAAGCCCACGACGAAGUCACGACCUACACGGUCAAACACAACCUAUACACCGUGGCGAUGGACCUGUACAAAUACGACCGGGCGCACCUGGACGCCAUGACCCGACUAUACGCGGAACAUCUGGCCAAUUUGUCGCAACACAACUCGGCCGCGACGCUGUUCGAGUCCCUGGGCGACUAUGAGGCCGCCUACCCUUUGUACGCCCUGGCGCCCAACAAGUGGCGCGAAGCCCUCUUUUGCGCAAGUUUGGUACAGCCACCUCUGGAAAAGAACAAGGUACACAGCCUUGCGGCCUCUCUGGCAACAAACUGCGCCGACGUCUCAAGGGACUAUCGCGCCGCAGCGACCAUCACCAUGGAAUAUUUGGACGACGUCCCCGCCGCCGCCAGGUUGCUGUGCAAGGGUUCCUAUUUCGCGGACGCCAUGCGCAUUCUGGCUAUGAGGCCAACCCUAGUCCCCGAGAUCCCCACCAUUGUCGAUUCGGGGUUGACCGAAAAGUUCGGUGAAAUCCUAGAGCUCGUCGCAGACUGUAAAGCCCAAUUGAACGCUCAGAUCCCGCGUAUUCAGGAACUGCGCAAGAAGAAAGAGGAAGACCCCUUGGCUUUCUAUGGAGGCGAUCCUAGUCUCAUGUCUGCUGCGGAGGGUGGAGCCGGGGUCGAUAUCCCAGACAAUAUCUCCCUCGCGGCCACAGAUGCAAGCACCCUCGGCGGUCAGAGUCUGUUCACGCGCUACGGUUCGAAUGCAAGCAAGUUCGGCGGCACCGUCGCGUCCAAUGUCUCGCGGAAGACGUCAAAAACUAAACGCCGCGAAGAGAGGAAGCGUGCCCGCGGUAAAAAGGGCAGUGUCUACGAGGAGGAAUACCUGGUCGCCAGUGUCGGCCGCCUGAUUGAAAGGGUCAAUGGUGUGCAUGACGAGGUCAAGAGGUUGAUCAGUGGUCUUUUGCGUCGUGGUAUGCGCGACCAGGCUGCAAAGGUGGAUGAGGUGCUCAAAGAUGUUUGUGAACAAUGCUCCAAAGCCAGACUCGAGGUUUGGCAGCUUCCUCAGCCGGAUGUGGUUCAGCCGGACAAUGUCUACGAUGUCCAGGGCGAGGGUCGGCCUCCUGGAGCCGACGGCGUCUUUUGGGAAAGCCAACAGGAGACCAUGAAGCCGAAGGAGGCUCCCGAGGUCAAGUCCUGGGCUGCCAGUGACCUACUUGCGUCUCAGUUACCUAGGUAG